CAUUGAUGUGUGGAUUGGUUUGUAUUGUGAGCGCAGACUAUCCUAUAGAAGACUAUAAGGCGGUCGCGAAGUCCCGGAAUUUUACGGGAAAAGUGGUUGUAGUGACCGGUUCCUCGUCGGGCAUCGGAGAGGGAAUCGUUAAACUCUUUUCAAUAUUAGGGGCUAAUGUUGUGGUCAAUGGAAGGACAGCACCUAAUGUUCAACGAGUGGCCAAAGAAGUGCAAGAAUUAUCACCUCUAAAAUUAAAGCCAUUAGAAGUUGUGGGAGAUUUGACCAAAACCUCUGAUGUAAACAAUUUAAUCGAUUCUACAAUCAAAACGUUUGGCAAAAUAGAUGUGUUAAUUAAUAACGCCGGUAUAUAUCCGGUGACAAACAUCACACAACCGGAUCUGUUAUCAGUUUGGGAUCAGAUAUUUGCACUCAAUUUACGCGCUGUCGUAGAACUCAUCCACCGAUCGGUUCCACAUCUGGAGAAAACCAACGGAACUAUUAUUGAUAUCUCAAGUUUGUCCGCAAUUACACCGCUUAAAAUUUUUCUUGGUUAUGGAGCGGCCAAAGCGGGUCUGGAUAUGUUGACCAAAAUAUUAGCCCUGGAAUUGGGACCCAAA